ACAUGUGUGUGCUGCAGGGGGCGCUAACACUGCGCUGUCACGGUUGUGCGGCCGAAGCCCGAGGAAGAAGGACGCAGCGGAGUGUCUCUUCCAGCAUCAUCAGCCUCCACCACCAUCACUUCUGCUCAGACAUAACGCACACGGACACUGGACUCUAUUGUCAUCCGUCCACUUAAGUCUAUCGUCUGUUAUCAGGAUGUCCGACAAGAGUGAGCUGAAGGCCGAGCUGGAGAGGAAGAAACAACGGAUCGCCCAAAUUCGAGAGGAGAAGAAGAGAAAAGAAGAGGAGAAGAAAAAGAAGGACGGAGACUCGAAGCGCGGGGCCGAAGCAGGCGGCUCUUCUGGCGGCCAUGAAGACUCAGACCUGGAGAGGAAACGGAGGGAGGCAGAGGCUCUGCUGCAGAGUGUUGGCAUCACCCCUGACUUAUCCCACGCUCAGCCCCUGAGGAUAGUAACAGAAGAUACAUGUCUGUUUCACUACCUAGUCCCUGCCCCCAUGUCUCCCUCCAACAAAUCAGUGGGCAGCGAUGCAGGAAGCCAAGAUUCUGGCGAUGGAAACGCAGGACCAAGGACAUUGCAUUGGGAUCCUGACCCCUCUACUCUGCAACUCCACUCCGACUCUGAGCUCAUGGGACGUGGAACUGUGAGGCUGGGCAUGUCCAAAGUGACUCAGGUGGACAUUGUGCCGAAGGAAAUGGUGUCCUACUCCAAAGAAACACAGACACCCACUGAGACACUGACACACACCGAUCAAAAAACAGAUGAGGAAGAGGAUGAGGAGAUAACUGCUCCCCCACCAGCAGAGGAAACCCAGGAGGAGAAAGAUGAACAGGGUGAAGAGCAGGAGACGGACACUCCCAAAGAGCUGACAGAAGAGCAGAAGCUGCAGAUCAUGCACACCGAGGAGUUCUUAUCGUUUUUCGAGCGAGGCAGCAAAUUUGUGGAGAGAGCUCUGGCUGAGCACGUGGACGUCUGCUUUGACUACAGCGGCAGAGAUCUAGAGGAUAAGGAGGGUGACUUGCAGGCUGGUGCAAAGCUGGUUCUGAACAGACAGUUUGCAGAGGAACGCUGGACUAAAAACAGAGUGGUCACCUGUCUCGACUGGUCUCCUCAGUAUCCAGAGCUGCUGGUGGCUUCAUAUAACAACAACGAGGAUGCUCCCCAUGAGCCGGAUGGAGUGGCACUGGUCUGGAACAUGAAGUACAAGAAGGGCACACCUGAGUACAUCUUCCACUGCCAGUCAGAGGUGAUGUCAGCCGGGUUUGCAAAGUUUCACCCCAACCUGGUGGUGGGUGGGACGUACUCUGGACAGAUUGUCUUGUGGGACAACAGGAGCAACAAACGCACCCCUGUUCAGAGAACUCCCCUGUCUGCAGCUGCACACACACACCCAGUCUACUGUGUGAACGUCGUAGGGACCCAAAAUGCUAACAACCUGAUCAGCAUUUCCACUGACGGCAAAAUGUGCUCCUGGAGCCUCGACAUGCUCUCCCAGCCACAGGACAGUUUGGAGCUGGUGUAUGGUAAACAGAACAAAGCGGUGGCAGUCACCUCCAUGGCGUUCCCUCUGGGUGACGUGAACAACUUCGUGGUGGGGAGCGAGGAUGGCUCCGUCUACACAGCCUGUCGCCACGGGAGUAAGGCGGGUAUAACUGAGGUGUUCGAGGGCCAUCACGGUCCAGUGACUGGGCUCAGCUGUCACAGUGCCGGAGGACCUGUUGACUUCUCUCAUCUCUUCAUCUCCGCCUCUUUUGACUGGACCGUCAAACUCUGGAGCACCAAGAGUACCCGCCCGUUGUACUCGUUCGAGGACAGUUGUGACUACGUCUAUGAUGCAAUGUGGUCUCCAACACACCCCGCUCUGUUUGCUUGUGUGGACUUAGCUGGACGCCUGGACCUGUGGAACCUCAACAAUGAUACAGAAGUUCCCACCGCCAGUGUUAGUGUGGAGGGGGCUCCAGCACUGAACCGUGUGAGAUGGGCUCACUCUGGCAAAGAGAUUGCUACUGGAGACUCUGAGGGACAGGUGCAGGUCUACGAUGUAGGCGAGCAAAUCUGCGUGCCCAAGGCUGAUGAGUGGACACGCUUCGUCAGGACGCUGGCCGAGAUCAACGAGAACCGAGAUGAAGCCGAGGAACUGGCCAACGUCUGAUGUUACAAAGCCCACACUGACAAAUGCUCAUAAAUUUCUCUCCAGCACACCUAUGGCACACUACACAACACUGGCUUCCAGCUUUUCCACCUACUACAACAUGAAUUUGGCCUGAGGAGAUGUGCAGAGCUAGAAGGGAUAGAAGGACAGUUCUAGACAAGUUUUAGAUGUGUUUUUAAAAGUGUCUUGAAGAGUUUUAGAGUACAUGUGUAGGAACAAUGAAUGUCAGGCGUAGCAGCAGUAGUACAGAAGCCACAGUUAAGUGUUUGAAAGUUGUCAGAGGAAUACAGGGAUGUGAUUGUCAGAAUAGACAUGGCUGUCCACUCUAAACUUCUAGCUUUGAUAACAUCCUCAGGGCUCCAAGAAACUGCUCUUCUCCUGAGGCCUCAACCUACUCAGUUCUUUUUUAAAUAUGCAAACCUUUGUACUUGCACCUUUUUAUUACCAUUUGAGUGUUUUUACAUGUUUCAAUAUUUUCCCAACACGCUUGUGCACAUGGCUGGCAAAGCACGUGUCAGCAGAGUGGAAA